UGGAGACACAGCUGCUCGUCGCAAUGACAAGCGAAGGUUGCGGCGUGCUACAGAGACUUAUGAAGAGCGGGAAGAACGUCGGGCCAAGCAACGUGCUCAGUAUGCGGCUCGGCGACAACGUUCUAUCACUGGAGAAGAGAGUGCUUCCACUAGUUUGGCCAUUGAGUGUGACAGUACUUCUACUAGUUCGGAGCGCUGGAAUGCUACCAAACGAAUGAGACGUGUCCGUGAAACUUCUGAAGAGCGACGGCAACGACUUGAGAAAGAACGGCCAAUCCGAGAAAGGCAAAACGAGAAGCGCAGGAAACGACGUGCCGAAGAGGCGGGUAGCCGUGUACAAUUCAGCGAGGCAGUUGCAGAAGAACGUCGUGCGGAACAUGCCAGAAGAGUGGGCGAAUUCGAGUCUGCAACGCGUGAGUUUACCAGACGUUUCGUUAACAAUCCAUUUGGUUAUGCGUGUUCGGUGUGUGAUCGACUAUGGCAUAAGGACAAGCUUACACCAGUGUCUGAAGUGAUGUUUCCGACUUUAAAGCUAGCUUAUCCGGAGUGGGACAGAGAGACUGUAGCCAGUGCUGUGCUGUGCAACACGUGUAAGGGUAGCCUAAGAGGGCAAAAGAUUCCCCUCUACAGUGUUUCCAACGGUUACACUUACCCGCCGAUGCCGGAGGGAUUGCCGCGUUUUAAUCCGGUUGCCGAGAGACUGUUAUCGCCGCGCAUACCAUUUGUGCAAAUCCGCAGGUUAAUGAACUGGAAGAACGGACAGUAUGGCAUCAAGGGGCCAAUCGUGAACGUACCAGUGGACACUGACCAGAUGUUGAAACUGUUGCCUAGAGAUGUGGACGACCAGCAGCAGAUACUAGUGAACAUAAAGAGACGCCGCAUCGAUAGGGGAGUGUAUCUGGCAGACGAGGUAACGCGCGAACAGUUGCUGCCGUGGGUAGAGGUGCUGCAAAAUUCCCCUCUAUACCAGCACUAUGACAUUAAGAUUGAUCUCGAAAAGGUGAACAAUUUGAUCGAUGUAGUUCAAAACAAUGAGGUGGAACUUGAGGAAUGCGAUGACGGUGGAGAUGACCCAAUGUCUGACGCAGCCGCUUUAACAAUGGAUCAGCAUACUGUGAUGUAUGAUGAAGACGAAGCUCUCAACCGUACUGUGACAAUGGCUCCCGGCGAAGGUCAGAGGCCAAUGAGCAUUCUCUACGACACGCACGCAGAGGAACUGUCGUUUCCACAGAUAUACCUCGGCCACGCUAGAUACAUUAAGCCAGAAGCAAAGCCCACCAUUACGUCCAUGGCGACGUCCGAGAUUAGGCGCAGUGACAGACGGGGAGCCUUGCCGAUGCACGUACUCUAUAUGGCCAUGAAGGUGAUACGUCAUCGCGUCUGCGACACCUUGAAUGCCGUCUUCAAGAACACCCAGGGAGUACAGAAGUUGACGAGGGGUGAUGUGGAGAAUCCCGAAAAGAUGGAGAACCUGAUUGAGCGAGACAUGGGUUUCAUGAGGGGUGUACCCAAUACUAUACAAUAUUGGCAUACCCGCAAGGCCGAGCUGUUUGCCAUGAUACGACAGUUGGGGAAACCGACGGCGUUCCUUACGCUCUCGGCGUCUGAAAUGCACUGGCCUCGACUUCUCGAACUCUUGAAGAGACUGAAGGUUUCACCCUCUGACUUUGACGUAGGUGAAGAGGAGAUGAACAGUUACCACGCAGCCGUAUUGGUUAACGAAGACCCGGUGGUCUGUGCGGUGUACUUUGAACACAUGGUUAGAGUAAUCAUGCAAAUACUGUGCAACAAGCGUAUAAGCCCUUUCAAGCCUAACCACGUUCUGGAGUAUUUCAAGCGUAUAGAGUUUCAACACCGUGGCAGUGCCCACGCUCACAUACUCCUUUGGAUGGCCGAUGCGCCAAACGAAGUGGUUGAAAACGGUGGUAUGCCGGAGACGGUUGCACUGGCCGAGCGACUCCUGUCGGUGAACAACGAAGCUUUGAAGAGGCCUAGGAGUCAGCGACACGAACAUACCCACACGUGUUACAAGGGAUCCAGGAAGACGUGCCGAUUUCAUUUCCCGUUGUGGCCGAUGCCUUGUACCAAGGUGUUGACCCCGCUGGUAUUGUCUCACGAGGAUGAAGAUCCCGAGGGUACCAAGCGGUUCGAAAAGCUCAAGGCAAAGCGGGAUGCGCUUCACGAAGUCUUGGACGGUACGGUUUACGAGUCGUUUGAAGCCAUGUGGGAACAGCACGACAUACGGGACUUUGAGCACUACCAGAUGGUGAUCCGGUCCGGCCUUACGAGACCCACUAUGAUGAUGAAACGAGAUUUGGACCAAUGCAAUACCAAUGCCUUCAACCCUUGGAUUGCCGAAAUGUUAAACUCCAACAUGGAUCUACAGAUAAUCCUGGAUGUGUAUGCCUGCGCUGCCUAUGUGGUUGAAUAUGUAAACAAGGCAGCCCGUGGCGUGUCUUCGCUAGGCCGAGCCAUCACGAAAAUGCUCGAGGAAGACGAGAGCAAAAUGACUUACGAACAGGCGAUGCGAAAACUGGGUGUGCACAUACUGAAUGGCAUAGAAAUGUCUGCACAAGAAGCAGCCUGGAUGUUGCUACAGUUUGAUAUGAGCCAAACGAGUACGGAUGUCAUCUUUGUGAACACGGUUUGGCCCGAAGAGCGAGUUCGAACUAGGAAAACUAAACGCCAAAUGGACGAGGAACAGUUGGACACGACCAGCACCGACAUCUGGCGAAAGGGUGUGGUUGAAAAGUACGAAGAACGACCUCCUGAAAUGGAAGAUGUCACACUUGCAGAAUUCAUGACGGAAUACAACAUUAACAAGUUGGUCAAGCGGAGGAAGACGGCCAUACUUCGGUGCCGAGACUAUGAUGUUAACGACGUCGUUAACUACAAGCGGGAACAUGUGAUGCUGUACUUGCCGUUUAGAAAGGAGAAUGACUUUCUAGACCGUAACGAGUUUGAGACCAUCUUUGACGAGAACAAGGAGAGGAUUAUGGAAGUCAAGAGCAAGUACAACAGUGCAGUUACAAAGGCUGAACUCUUGGAAUACAUUCGCGACAUCAACGAGAGUGUCGGAAUCGAGGACGGUUGUGAAGGAGAAAGAGAAGAGGAAAAGGGAGAGGAUGGUGUGUCUCCAGCUACACUGGUGGUGGAAAAUGACGAUACUGACAUUGUACCGGAAAGCACAGUCACAAGCGUCGUCGUCGCUGCAAAUUGCCCCGCCGUCAAGAAAAGAGAGGGUUGUAUGCCUUUAGAUGAAUUUCACGCAAAAAUGAGGAUGACUAACCAUCGUCAGCGCAUGAUAAUCGAAGAAGUGAUUCAUGGCGUCACGAGCGAGGACGCCAAGCCUCUCCGCAUAUUCUUCACUGGUCCGGCUGGAUGUGGCAAGACCUUCACACUUCGAUUGAUCAUGGAUGUCUACAACAGGUACUGCAAAAGCAAGAAGAUUGGCUAUGGAGACGGGGAAAUUUCUGGGGUUAACGCUUACAUAGCCUGUGCCACGACCGGCAAAGCUGCAGUUGCCCUCAAUGGUGUCACUGUCCACUCGGCCUUUAAGAUUGUCAUGUCUGCCGGCCGCGAAGAUAGGAGUCUUUCUGCAGCUGACCUAAACACGUUCCGAACCUUGUUCAAGGGGGUGAGGUGUAUCAUAAUUGACGAAGUCAGCAUGUUGUCAUCUGACUUGCUACGACAGGUCGACAGAAGGCUCCGGCAAAUUAGGGCAGAUAGAAUGAGGGAGCCGUUCGGUGGCUUUGACGUCAUUCUAUGCGGUGACAUGAGGCAGUUACCACCGGUCAGGGCAUCGGAAGUGUAUAAACGCCCCAGAGCAAGUGGUGCCGUGUUUAGCACUGACGUUAUACCGUGGCAUCACUUGGAAUACUUUCCCCUUACUCAAGUUGUCCGCCAGAGCGACGUGGUGUUCUCCAAUCUUCUGACCAAGAUUGGAGACGGUGCUGUCCUGGAAGACUUUGAAGUGGACCUGAUAGAAUCAAGAUUUGUAGACGCCGAAGGGGCAGCGCUAUGUUCAGACGCCGUUCGGCUGUACUACAGUAACGGCGAGGUGGAUGCCUAUAAUGAGAAAAUUGCUAACCGAUGUGAACACAAAGUUGAACAUGCAGCUAGGGAUUUGAUAACUGGCUACCGAACGCAUGAACAAAAGGAAUUGGCUAAGCGGGCACUAGAAACUUUCAGCCGCAUCGAAACGGGGAAUCUGCCACCGAUGGUUGUCUUAUGCUUGGAGAAGCCGUAUAUGCUCCUUAGAAAUAUAGACAUAACGGAUGGAUUGGUUAAUGGAAUGGUUGGAAAGCUCAAGUUGAUUGAGUAUGAUGCACAAGGGGAACCCUCUAGAGUUUGGCUACAAUGCCCCCCUGGAGUUGGAAUCUUAGCCAAAGGCAAAGCUUGCCCAACGUGCAUACAGGCGUAACAUCAACGGCUGGAUACCCAUAGAUUUGGUAACCAUGCAAUGCCAAUUGAAGGGCAAGCUGGUCAAGCAUAUGUCAGUCAGGCGGACGCAGUUUCCUCUGAUACCCGCCAGUGCCAUGACAAUUCAUAAAUCUCAAGGAGGGACAUUUGACGUAGUCGUGUACGAGUAUGCGGCUAACCAUCCAAAGAAGCUGGUGUACGUAGCCCUCAGUAGGGCUACGAGUUUGCAGGGGUUGUACCUUACUAACAAACACGGAUGCUACAAGUUUACACACAGAGGGCCAAACCCGGACAAGUCACUUAAGGCAGAGUUUGAACGGUUGGACAAGCACAAGUUGGACACUGCAUUUAGCCGAUGUGAACAACUGGUGAUGAACAGUGUGGUCACGGUAGUUACGCUGAAUGUAAGAUCGCUGGUUGCUCAUGAUGAGGAAAUUUCCACUGACCCCUUGCUUAUGUCUGCUCAUGUGUUGGUGUUUACAGAGAUUGGGCAAAGCUUGGAUGGAUGUCCUAAGACUGUGUGUGGUUUCAGCCUGGUUGGUGCAACGAGACGUCUUGGCCAAACGAGAAAUGCAGGAGUGGCAAUCUACGUCAGGCAGCCUUUACAAGCUACAGUUGUGACGCCUCCAGUGCCGAUGGAACGAGGGGAAGCUAUAUGUGUGGAGAUUUCUGUUUUGGACUUGGUUGUGGCCGGUGCAUAUAUCGCGCCCCAGACGAGCAACGCAGACGCGAUCAACAUUUUGGCGGACGUACUGCCACAACGAACUGACAAAAGGAUGUUGGUCUGCACGGGAGACUUUAAUAAGGACCCAGUGAGGGACAAAACAUUCCUGCAAGAUGUUGAAGAAAGAUAUGACCUUAACCUGUGUGACCUGCAACCAAAGUCUACAACCCAAUGGGGCAGCAGUUUGGACUUGGUUCUGUGUAGGAAUAAUUGCAGACAAUACCGAAUAAGUGAUGU